UUCAAGAAUAUAUUCUGUAUAAGCCAUAACAAGCUAUAGUCAGUAUUUGCAUGGUGAAUGUGUUUUAACCAUGUUUUUACCAUGUUUAUUGCAGACUCCUGGAUUUUGGACUGAGGAUGAAGGAGAGGUUAACGUGCACAAACGCUCAGCAUCAUGGGGCAGUGCUGACCAUCUCAUAGAGAUUGCAAAACUCCGUCAGCAGCUCCAGCGCAGUUUGCAGGGCAGCCGCAGUAUCAAGGAGAAAGAAGAAGUGAUGCAUCUGAAUCCGGCCCAGCCAAAGCGGCUCUCUGCUUCUUCAUCUGAUAUGGUCCGUUCCAGACCCGUCAUUUGUCGAAUGCCCAGCUAUAGUGACUGUGUUAACCAGGAGCUGGAGAACGUCUUCAUCUGUGAAGACUGGGGGAGAGAGGAGGAGAAGGCUUUGGAGGUGCGGGACGGCGGCCGCGCUCCUGUUCCUCCUCUUCAUGAUCACGCACACAUCUCCUGCAGUCCCUGUUACUGCUGCUCUCCUGCCGCCCACGCUGAGAAAGAUUACAGGUGUGGUUCACCUCUGCCUCAGUUUUCCAGCUCUCCCAAACCCAACAACAGUUACACGUUUAAACGUGAGCCUCCUGAGGGCUGCGAGAAAGUCAAAGUGUUUGAAGAUCUCAUGUAA